AUGGAGCCUUCUAAGCAGACGAGCAAUACGGUUCGUCUGAGUUCAGGGCAGUCGAUCCGACCUCCUGUCCUCGGUGGAUUGAUCUCGGGCAAGAAGCCGGCAGUUACGCCGGAUGGCUCACGCGUUUUCGCGGCCUGUGGCAACUUGGCCAUAGGUUUCAGCACCCGAACCUCCCGGCGUCUGGGAGUACUUGGGCCCCUCCGUGGCACGGUGACGGCAACGGCAGGAGGCCUUCCAGGCAACACGAGUGCCGACAGCCCCCAGGCUGUCGCAACGGGAUCCUCGUUCGGAGAGCUGGUUAUAUGGGAUGCCAAGAGUCUGCAGCGGCUGUCCCAUUUGCAGUUCGAUGAGCCUGUAUUACAUGUCUCCUGGCCAACCAAAAGCAUUAUCAUGGUGUUUUUGGGCCAGAGAGGAGCGACAGUCACCGCAGAAGUUGUUUCCGUGGACUCCCUGGAGUCUAUAAGGAAACUGAGAAAGACGCCGCUGAGCGUGACGAACAGUAACGGGCCAGCGGCUGCGACUGACGAUGUCAUCGCUCUUGUUGAUGGCAAGGACCUGGUUGUCUGGGCAGAUGGCUGGUCGAACAGUCAGAGGUACACCCACAGCCAUCCGCUGACCUCAGUUGCCAUUGACCCGGCCAGGAGAUACGUUUGCGCUGGAGACUGCCGGGGCGUCUUGUGGACCUGGUGGGGCAUACUGGAAAAGGAAGGCAUAGACGCAACAAUGGCGGUCCCUGCUCGUUGGCACUGGCAUGCUAGCGAGAUCCUCGCCUUGGAGCACUGUGGACCGGUGUUGCUGAGCGCCGGCCGUGAGGGCGUCCUCUGCGUCCGCAACAUGGAGGACGAAACUCUGCAGUUCAUCCCACGCUUUCCGACGGCUCUGCGGCACAUGAUCGCAACAGAUGAUGGCCAGGUGGUCUGCAGUUUGGAGGACAACUCCUUGGCUGUCAUCUCGAGCAUCCAUGGCUGGGUGAGGCCUCAGUACAUCUACUCCGUGGAUCUCCCUGAUGCUGCACCUGUUCCUAGCCGACGGAUGAAGAAGCGGAAGCGCCUUCAGCAGAGCGAGGAGCCCGCCACGCUGCCAAAGAAGCAGACCGCGAAAUCACGAAUUUUCCACAAUCUGGGAGGUUGCCAAAUCGGCAUCUCAUCUGGUCGCCGAGUACAGUUUCUCUCGCCGGGCGAGAUGCAGCCCAGCAAGGCACAGAAGCUCCACCGUGGUGGUACCGCAAACAGCGACCCGAAGCAGCGCUGGGCCUUGCAGCAGCUCGUCUUCAGUGCAGAUGCGUCUUGCAUCAUGACUUGCGAGACACGACUGUCGCCGGCUCUCGAACACUUCGACCCCGCAUCGGCUUUCAGCUGCAUGCUGAAGUGGUGGCGACGGACUGAUACUGAUCAGUACGUCCUGGACAGUGUGUCCAACAACCCCCACACGGCCGAGGUCACCGUGGCGAUAGCAAAUCCGGAUCUCCGGUACAUGUUUGCCACCGCGUCGCUGGACGGCAACUACAAGCUUUGGGACCGACUUCCGGCGGAGGAGAAGAAGGAAGGCAAGGAGCCACUACAUUGCUGGCAAUGCCUGGCCAUGGGAAGCUGGCAGAGGCGGCCGAUCCAUGCGGGCUGCUUCAGCCCGGAUGGCUCCAUGUUGGCCAUGGGUUCCACAGGGAGCAUCGUCCUUUGGGAUGCCGAUCAAGGCGAAGAGCUUGAGAUCCUGGACCUGGAUCAGGUGUCCGACAAGCCCCAGCAACUGAGCAGCGCGGUGGCGAAUGGCAUGUUCAUGCUCAUCGGUUGCGUUUCUGGGCAGGGCAAGGAUGAGAUUCUGUGCUGGGAUCUCGAGUCCCUAGAGGUCUUCGCGCGAUUGGAUCUGGGGGCAGCUUUGCCAGGCCGCGGAUGCUGCGAAAUGCGCUGCGCCCUGCCGCUUGGUGCCCCCCUAGACAUCAUGGCCUUUCGCUCCGGCGAGGCUGCAGUGAUGACCUGGCGCCUCACGGUCACUGAAGCCUCCAAGUCACCGAAGAAGAAGCGGAAAUCCUUGGAGAGCUCCCCGACCUCCAAGAAAGCACGCAGGGAAGAGGCACUGCCCUUGCCCCUCCCGCCAAAGAUGGCCUUCGUGGAGCAGGCCUCCGCGACGCUACCGCAGCAGCAUGCGGUUAUCGACGCCACCUUCCGGACUCGAAGUGACGGCGCGUCUUCCAUCCUUUGCUGGACCUCGACACAAGAGCUCUGGGACAUUGACCCAGCCGGUGCGGAUGUGUCCAUGGAGAAAGACAAUGUCGCGACCCAGCCGGAAGAGGAGCCCCUUCCACGCAACGCAGGUCCGCUGGCAAGUAUUACUUCAGGUCGCGCUGCAGUGGAAGCGUCUCGCCCCGGCUUCGUCCUUCCGAGACGCACUACUGCGGCUCAACAGGCUGGCCUGGUACCCCGGCUGGUCCAGCGCGUGGUGCCGCCGCACGUGCCAAGCCACCUUCUGCCACCUCCCGCUGUGCUUUGGGCAGGCUUUCUGUCUGUUUUCGCCAAACCGCCGGAUUCUUCGCAGCCGAUGGCUCCCUUCAGUGUCAAGGCAGGUUCCGAGCCUCCACCGGAGAAGGAGGUGGACGAUCUCUGGGCGGAUCCGUCAGGCAAAAUCCAAGACGAGUUCGUGGAUGCAGCCUGGAUGGAUGCGCUGGUGGCCGGCACCCUAAGCUAA